CAGCAAUCCGGCAGAAGUUGGCCUUCAUCCGUUUGAAUUCACAUCCAUAACAAAAGUUGUGCCACGGCGCCCAGCACGUUCAAUAUUUUGUCUGUGAAACCGUCAAUACUAAUACGACACUUCCACACCAGCUUCACCGAUAUUUACAACAACCGAGCUACGCCAGAGCUCGAUCACCUCUCUACUGCAUCGCCAGUCGCUUCAAGUAGUAUGUGCGAAUGGUAUCGACGGAACUACGCCUGCGAGCACCAUUUCACAGGUGCUUCUGAAUGGUGUUACCGGUACAGCCAGACCCAAAAGCGGUGCAAGGUGGUGGUGACGCAGGUUGACUACGAUUCAUCCGUGUGCAAAUCUUGUAAGAAGAAGGGAGUCAAGACGGAAGUUCCCUGGGAGCAUAUGAUUGAUCGGUCCAAAUUCGAUCCAAAUAGAGAUGAAUGAUAUGGAACACCGGGCGUAUCCUUCUCAGGAGGCACGGAUAGCCUGACAGAAAUCGAAGCCUUGUGAGAAAGCCUUGCGCCC